AUGGCACAUCAGACGAGGCGGGAUCUGUUCGCCAGAUCUCGUACGCGUUGGCUCUGCACACUUACGCGCCAAGCAUACAAGCUCCCAUUCGCUGUACCUCCUAGUGCCAAUUUUGCAGCGGCGAAAGAAGUCGUAGAAGGGGGCGCGCAGUACCUCGGCCUAAUUUCGAUGACGUUCCGAAAUUUGCCGGGAUACAUGCACCGCGGCCAGUCACAAAGCGAGAACAAGCCAGUCGCACUCGCAGACUCGAGCACCGACGCAUGGCAACACAGGCGCCCGUCGCGUCGACAUCGCAAAGCGCUUCCGCCGGACUCUUAUGGCUCGCGGAAGCACGUUCAGAAGGCCUCGAAUCCCGGCACACGCAAUUUCUGGCCGCCCAUCUUACGGCGUGGGCGGACUCGGCUGUCGAUUGGGGACACCACGCUGCUACGCCACCGUUGGCGAUAG